AUGACGACGAAGACUAUGACAAGAUGGACAGUAUGGAAGAGGUCGAGUAUGGGAUUCGUCGGGAUGGAUGGCUUCUCAAUUUAUGAUGCAGAGGGUAGAUUGGCCUUCAGAGUUGACAACUACUCCAGGAGCCAAAAGAGCCUCCUCCUCAUGGACGCCAAAGGGAAGCCUCUCCUCUCUCUCAAGCCAAAGAUGCUAAGCAUCUAUGAUCAAUGGGAUGCUUAUGAAGGAGAGGAAGAGGUGGGUCGACAUGCAAAAACAAGAUCAAACAAGCCACUUUUCUCAAUGAGGCGACCAUCCAUUCUGCAUAGCCGGGUCGACAUGGCUGAGAUCUUCAUGAAUGGUCUGAUUACUGAUGAAGAGCCAAGCUUCUGUGUAGAGGGAAGCUUUAGCAGCAGAUCAUGCCAAAUAUUCAGGCAGAGGAGAGGGAAUUAUAAGGAGGCGGUCGCUCAAAUAUCCAGGAAAAAGGCGAAUUCUCUUGUGGAGCUUGGAGAUGAUGUAUUCAGUCUCAUCAUCAAACCAGAAGUCGACUGUGAGCUCAUAAUGGCGUUUGUUGUAGUAAUGGAUCGAAUAUGCAGGAAAUAG